AUGACUUCCUGUGCGCACUUCCCCCCCAUACAGCCCAAGACGGCGCAAGCUGACUGCCGCAGGAGUCGAGACACGGAUUCAUUCGUGCAGCCUUCCAAGUCGUUCUAUUCCACCAAGAUUCCUAUUGCAGACAGCCACUAUCAAUUGCGCCACUUCAUCAGCUCGCCCGAACCCGACCUUGUAUACUAUGCGAGCGGCGUCAACGUCUACUGUCUGAACGCCGCGACGCGCAUCCAGGCCCAUGUCACCACUCUUCCCUGGGAGGCCCGGUGCACAGCAUCCGGACACGGAUAUGUGUGCAUCGGUGGCGCUGACGAGGGCAACUUCGCUGCCAUCAAGGUCCAAGGCUUCCCGCCCACCGACCCAUCCGAUGUCGACGCCUCGCUGCCCAUAGACUUCCCACGCCGCCUGCCCCGGCCUCCACUUCUCGGCGCCGCGCACCGCAUACGAUACGAGAAGAUUGGGGAAGAUAUUGUCAAUUCCAUCUCCAUACACAAAUUCGCCGCCCAAGGUGAUGGGCAGGAGGACGUGGUCGCAGUCUUGACCAACAAUGACAAGACAGUGCGAGUAUACUCCCUGACGCAAAAUCUCGAGCUGACGGUCCUCGAUCUCCCCUUCGCCAUGAACCAUGCCACCAUCUCGCCUGAUUCUCAGCUGCUCGUUGCUGUGGGUGAUGCCCCGACUGCCUACUUUUAUGAACGAAUGAAUGCCGAUAAGCCUGCUAGCUCGAAAACCGCCGAAGGGCGAAUACAGAUGAAUCCGCCCGAGUGGCAGCUUCUUGCGCAGGUUCCUCUUCACCGACCCACCAACGGCCCAUGUUCAGAUGGCUACUUUUGCACAGCCUGGUCACCGUUGGGGCGUCUGUGUGCAGUAGGGUCAGAAUGCGGCUACAUCACCGUGUUCGACGUACAAGUUCUCAAAGAGGUCGAAUAUGGCGAGGACGCUGUGGUGCAGCUAAUCAGCUCCACAAGACCAGACACGGCGGCUGGCGCUGGUGCCGUCCGUACCAUGCAUUUCUCCCCCAGCCCAUGGGAUCUCCUGGUUUGGAGCGAAGACCAAGGGAGGGUGUGCGUCGCCGACCUUCGUUCGGGACUGAAGGUGAAGCAGGUGCUCAAUCUGGAUCCCAAGGAAGAGGGCAUCGAAAAGGCUGCCAUUGCCGACUUUGAUCUGAGCAUAGGUCCCGAGAUGCAUGGUCUGCGUAGGGAAGCAGAUUUCAUUCGUAGUUACCGUCGGGCGCUUGAUUCAGAUGGCACAGAAGCGGCUGUCAACGCUGCAACCGAAUACUUUGAGGCUGACUCGGAGCGACAAUCACUUCACAGACAGCUUGGCGUGGUCGAGUCUGAUAACGACCCCCAUGGCUUGACUGCUCACGAACGGCAAGUCAUUGAGACUCUGCGAACUACGAGACAACGAGCGGAGGGACAGGAGCAGGGCAUCACGCCUCGGAACAUCAACUACGACCUGGCGAGAUACGGCGAAGGUGUGAGCCGAGACUCGAUUGAGUUCAUAUCUGGAUUCAUCGCAGAGCACUCCCGAAGAUUGACUCGCUCGACGCAAGAGCGGACAGCGCCCAGACGCCAGGCCUCGGUCGUUGUAUCAAUUGACCCAGGCACCGUCAAUGUGCCACAAUACUACACAAACAUUACUGAUUCUGCCCCGACACGGUCGCCGAACGUGAUACCAGCGCAUGCGCGCCGUGUUGCCAACGAGAUGGUAAGCUCGACUGACGAUGCUUGGCGCACCAUCGAAGAGGCCCUUACGAUCCAAGCGCGCACAACAGACGCCAUUGCUCGGAAUACAACAAGCAACGCCAACAGUACUAGUGCUUCCACCGGCCCAGAGAUUCGCAGCGAGAUUCGUCGUCUCCGCCAACUGACACAGAUGCGUGAACGGCUCCGCAAUGCUCGCGCCAGCCAACCUUUGGCGGAAACGUACGAAUUCAGCCUGGGUCUGAGGAGACCUAGUCGUAGUCUGCAUGACCCCAGUCAGGGAGUGCGAACUGCAGGACUAGCCAUGAGCCAGGACGGGCGGACGCUAUAUUGUGGAACAGAAGAGGGCAUUUUCGAGUUCAAGCUGAACUUGCACGCCAGGAAAGGUUUCCCCGCUAUCCAGCCCAGGUGA